CAAGUGUACAUCCAUGGAUACAUUCUUGAGCUUUGAUUCCGUUGAAUUGAAAUUUCAGAAUUGAAUUUCUACAGUACUUCGAUGUCAAUUUAUCCUUAUCAGAAAAUUCCCACAACUCACAUACGGCUUAUGCGACUAGUUCGCGGGCCUCCGCCUUCAUCUGAUCAGGAUCAUGAUACUAGCGACAUUCUCAGCUAUGAGCUGGUCAGCUUCCCACUCGAGUCGUGUCCCAGCUACAUGGCACUUUCAUACACGUGGGGGGCAGACAAUCCGGACCAAAUAAUUAGUAUAGAUGGACAUAACACCCCUAUUCAAAAUAACCUUCAUGCCUUUCUUCGACGACACUCCAAUUCUAAUUCCUUACCUCCAUACGCAUCUGGCAUCGAUGAAACACUUCUCUGGGUCGAUGCAAUUUGCAUCAACCAAUUAGAUAAGCAUGAAAAAAGUCUGCAAUUGACAUUAAUGGGCGAAAUAUAUAAAAGGGCAAGCCAUAUCGGUCUCUGGCUUGGGGAGGAUAGUCAUGAUAGCGGUGUCGCAAUUGACUGCUGGUUGCGACUUGUCGAUAAAGUCCGACAAGGAGAAUUAAUCGAACCAACCGAUCUGUCUCUACGAGAGACGAAAUCUCUAGAUAACUUAGCCCUUCGCAAGUACUGGCACCGAGUUUGGGUAUGGCAGGAGGCGUCAACCCCGAAUACCCCUAGCUACAUAUUAUGCGGCGACAAGCAAAUAGCUCUCGAGGAUGCAUUCGCGGUGAAUGACGCCAUCCGGACGAUGAUGCUAAAUAGAUAUCGCGUCACAAAAUUGAUCCCGUGGGUACCAAAGCUUCAAGCCAUGUACGAACUUGCGCGGAUCAGGUCAAGUCAUACUGGCAAAGAAAAUUCCAGCAAUGGUCCCCCUUUAGGGGGCACUGCAGACUGGAACUCUUUGAUGAGUAUGUUAUUCGCAACACGGGGCUUGCAGGCAACCGAUCCCCGAGAUAAAAUCUACGCCCUCUUCCCGAUUUACCGAGAUAUUCGCGGACUCCUGCCCUUUAGGGUAUGCGAUGGGAAGGCUGUCGAGGAGUCCUAUAGAGACGCUUGCACCUUUAUCCUUCAAAGGGAACAAGACCUUCGACUAUUUCUUCUUUGCAACGCUAGCAGCGUACCCGCGUCGAGCCAGAGCUGGAUCCCAAACUUUACACAUCUCGUGCAGCCUUUCGAGAUAUUCCGCAGCCAGGGGCUCUUCGACGCAAGCGGCUCGAAGCCCCCGCACGUAUCAGUCGUCGACAAUCGACGGCUAGUUAAAGUUCGCGGUGUGAGGGUUGACCCGAUAGACACCACACACCUCGGAUUGACAUAUCCCAACGAACAGGAGAGUUCAUUCGACAUCGAGUACUGGCAGCCCAGGUUUCAGGUUUGGUUUCAAAGUAUAGCGAAAUUCAUCUCGAAGGGGGAAGGCGAUCGGAACUACCACAGGUACAUCCAGCUUUCGGAAGCCGCAGAUCAACUUCUAUCGCUCGGCCUGUGCCCCGGGUUGAAGUUGCGGCGGACUGGCUCCGUUUCCCAUUGGCCCGUGUUCGACGUCGCGGCGGGCGCCGAUCCGCCUAAUAUCGAAGAAGUGAGGUCUGAGUUCGUCGACCUUUUCCUGCGUCUAGGCCACGCAUCUCUCUUUUGGACCGCCCACGGUUAUCUUGGGCUUGGGGACAUGUGUGUCCGCAGCGGGGAUAUAGUCGUGGUUCUGUAUGGCCUAUCAAUUCCUAUCGUCCUCCGUCGUGCUGCAUUGUUUUGGCGUAUUGUUGGUCCUUGUUUUGUCGUGGGCAUGAUGGAUGGGGAGGCGCUUAAAUUGAGGGCUUGGGAGGAGGAGUUUACGAUAUUCUAGUCAUCAAUUUCAGUUUCAACUUCCUAACCUAUCCGUCGCUUGUUUAAGCGUUUGUUAACAUAGGAGCAUCAACCCCGGACGUAUCUGUCUAUAGCCAGCUCUUCGUCGAGAAUGUUUGAGUUGGCCCGCUGCCCCUCACCACCGCCACC